AUGAGUCUCUGGUUGCUCAAAGCUGAACUGCAGAUGGAUGUUCUAAGGGAGAGGCAGGUGAAAGACAGUCUGGAGAGGCAGCUACAAGACGAAAGGAAGAUGAGUGUGUCCUACCAGAAGCGUUUCAAGAAGGAGCGGCGGGUCAGAAAACAGAUACAAGACCAGCUGGAUCUCGAAGUCAAGCGGCGCACGCAGCUGGAGGAGGCGCUCAAGGCCACGGGAGCCACGCCAGAGCAAGUCCGAGCCAUCACAGAAUCUCUGAUGGAGUUUAACGAGAUGGAAAGGAAGUCGCGUCAGCACUCGACGGCCGAGAGGGACCAGGUCAAGUCUCCACUCCAAGAGUCACGAACGGGCUACUACAAGAACUCGGUCCUCUUCACGAGCGCGACCUAGGAGAGCUCGACCAACGCGCGAUGAACUAACCGGCAGUCGCCGACACUGCAGCGCUGCUCCGAUUCUCAACUGCCAUCGUAGGACCCAAAGGAAGCGGAAUAAUGCGAUGCAGCGGAAAAUGGGUGGAAAAAAAUACUUGCGUCUCGGUGAAAACUCGUCGGUGCUGAGAGUACGACAUAUACAUACGUGGGGUCGAAGACGCUCGCUAAGGGCUUUCCAAAGAGGAAAGGCACAAGGUAUUCGGUAAUGAUGGAUGGAGUCUGUAUUAGCUGUGAAGUGACGCGCGAAUCAGGUACACAUAUACAUAUUAUACAUAAGUGAAAAUAUUAUAAAUACGUAUAAAUAUAUACAUAUUAAACGAAUGAAGUACAUGACGAGUACACGAGAGAGAAAAAGAAUCGAAACGAGAAGGUAUACAUUAUUAUUAGCGUAGCACAAGUGUUUGCGUGCAUGUGUGUGACUUGAUGACUGAGUUCUUUGAUUAAACGUUGAUAAGUACGUGCGCGAUGACGUAGAGAGAAAAUGCUGGAGGAGAGUAGAUCGGUACAAAAGAGAUAUUUACAAAAGACUGCUUUCGAUUGAGAGUGCGAGUGCGAUUUCCUAGUGAUAGUCUUGUAAGACGUGAGUAGAGUUAAUCCAAAAAUUGACGAAAAUAACAAGAAAAACAUAAAAAUCGAGACGAGUAUAUGGACAGAAUCGACUGUAAUGAGCGAGCGGAUCGAGCGACAAAGACGACGAGGGAGAAACAAGAAUUACAAUAGUUAGUCCAUUAUAGUUUUUAAGGUAUAAAUACACACAUACAUUAUAAAUUAAUAUUAAACGCAAGUAAAAGUCGCUCGUUCGUACUUUGUCGUGGUCAUGAAUAAUAACUAUAACAAUAAUUUUAGAAAAAUUAUUGAUUAUCACAUCGCACCCAUUGCUAUCAUCGUUCGUCAUUAAUUAUAAUUCAUCAGCAGCAUCAAUUCAUUAAUUAACUGUAAUUAUUAUAUGUGUGACGCGAUAACGUCGUUGAAACAGCAAAGGCCGAUCAAACGAAAAAAAAAAAUGAGCGAGCGAAUUGUGGAUCCGAUAAUUUUGAAGAUAAACGAGAAAAAAAAAAAAACAUCUUAAAAGACUAAAGAUGACGACAGCGCGUCUUUAUCUCGAAUAGUCGAAUUUUCACGAUUAUUAUUAUGAUUGUAUAUCCGAGAAGGAGAAAUAAUCAAAUAUUAAAAAAUAAAUAAAUAAAAAAUCAAUUUUCUCUAUACAUUCAUAGCGAUUCUCGUUCAGGAUGGCCCAGUUGACAAGAAAACUUUUGUAUAGACUAGCGUGUGAUUUUUUUAAGCCGCGAACUAUCGGUUUAUAUAUACAAAGCACAUAUGAAACACAAUAGAAAAGGAAGGACGAAAAAGAGUCCAAGUAAUCAAAGUGAGUCUUUCCGAAAGAUCAAACUACCGUAUCACCGUGUAAGAGAUCGGGAGUUUGAACGGUCGUGUAUGAUAUAUAUACUAUGAAGUAGUUAACAAGAAAAAAAAAUAAAAAUGAAAAAAAAAAAGAAGAAAAUGAAGACGAUAGACGUGACGCAUGAAAUGGAUAGAAAGAAAGAGUAAGCGUAUUAGGGAGAAAAAACGUAAUAGAAGGGGGAUGAUUGUAGCGGUUGGAAAUACCUGGGUGCGUAUUCAAGCUAAUGUUUUAUUUAUAUAUGAGUAAUUAAACAAACACAAAAACACACACGAAACCACUUAUUAUACACACGACGCAAAACUCGUACGCCCAUUGAUGGUAACUUUUUUUUCUCGGUCAUCUCUCGAUUGGUUGAUCGGGCGAGCGUGACUUUCAAAAAUUUUUUCUACGAUCCAAGUGCCACCAGAGUGAAUCGUCUGUAGCGAAGAGGAAAGAUUUUUUUAUUCACUAUAUUUAUAAUGUACCCACGAUUCAAAGAGAAUAUUUAAUCCUCUUAAAAAAAUUUUUUUUCGUACUGCUCUGUACAUAAUGUAGUUCAUCAUUUACUACUUCGAGUUUGAUAUAUCAAAUGUAUGAUUUCAAGUACUUUUAUUCCUAAAAAUUUUUUAAAUGUUUCCAAAAAACCCACGAAAAUCAAUCGCCCCGUCAAAGUGGAGCUACACUUCGUAGAGAGAAAAAAAAGUGUCGAUCGAUGCAAAAUCGCGUCGUCAAAGUUUAAUCUCUAAGCUCCGUGUACAAAGUCUCUUUAGUCGUAAGUUCAAACAAAUGGAAAAAGAAAAAAAAACAAUUUUAAGGCAUACUUGUGUUGUAAAGUUCACGUAAUCAUAGCGUAUGUCCAUAGGUAUCGGCUAAGCCCGGCUAGAGGAAGCAACAGUUAUUACGUAGAGAAAGAAAAUGAAAAAAAAAAAUAAAAAAACAAUCGAGAAUUUAAUCACCGAUAGCUGGCCCAACUAUUGCCAUUGCCAUUCCAUAACACACGAAUACAAUACACGUACGUAUAAUCGAGCGAAACGAUGAGAGAUAUAAAAAAAAACACAAUGUAUUUAUAUAUGCGUCCACACGUCCGAUUUACCUUCUCUUUGCAGACACGAAAAAAAAAAAAAAAAUCUAUAUCCAGAAAAAAAAAGAAAAAAUGCUUGCAAGACGCUCGGGUAGUCUCAUCUGUUGCCGGCAAUCGGGUCCCACUGCGAUGUAUGAGAGAGCUGUCGUUCUGUAUUACAAAGUGAUGAAGUUAUAUCACACGUAUUUUUUGUUUUUCGAGCACACACUUGUCCGUCUAUUAUACGUGUAUUAUAAUGUAGCGUUGAGUUGCAGUUUACUUAUGCGAUACACUACACGAUGGCACAAAAAAUAUCACGAUUGAACCAAGAGUGUAUGUUGAGGUAGUUCAUGCCACUCAGUGCUUCUCAACUUACUUGCGAAACAGUCAAUCAUUGAUUUUUCAAAUAAUUUUUGUUGUUUGUCGUCAAUUGAUAUCUCAGUAACGUAAUAAACUCUUACGUCACAAAACUGACAAAAAAAAUCGAUAAUUAUGACUAUUGGUGCAAAAGGUUGAGAACAACUGUACCGCUAUUCAGAUAUACUAAAAUCAGACAAAACCAUUUAAAAAUUGAGAUAAAUCUUUAAUACGGCACGUGACAUGUUGUUAAUCUUCAAUACGUAGACCAUCGAUAUCUUUCUCGUAUUAUUAUCGUUUUUUGAAACGAUCGUAAGAAAAUUUUUAUAAUCAUCAAGAAAACAGGGGCUUUUAAACUAUUUGCUCAUAAGGUGUAGUGUUAAAACAUGUAAAUUAAAAGUUGAAUAUCUUGAAAACAGGUUGGCAUCAUAAAAUUCAACCACGAAUGUACGGGGUGUCAAUAACUUGUACUCCAAUUUUCAUCGUCUUUGUAAGAAAGUUAAUUUUGGCAUGAACUACCUUCACUCGCUUGUCUACUUGGUGUUCACAUGUGCGGCACAGUAAGCAAACAAAAAGUAUUAUUCGUUUCUAUUGCAAAUACCGUAUGAAAAAAAAACAGAAGACGAUUGUCGGCGAACAGAUACGGAAGGUUUCUUUUUUUUCUUUUUUGCAAUUUCAAAAGCGAAACUAGCGUCGAGAGGUC